GUGAAUAUCAUGCCGUGGAGUAAAUGGCUACACGAGCCCCGUAUGGGUAUGAAGCACGACGAAGCCCCUCUUUUUUUACCCCUCCAGACCAGCUUCAAAAAUGGACGUCUCGAACCCAAAACGCAUUUUAACCGUUAGCACACCAGAUGCUGAUGUUCUGAAGAUCCUCGAAGAGCUUACCAGCUCCGCGCCAAGUCCCAUCGACGACUCAAUAUCCGGUCUUACACAUUCGUGGACGCUCAAGACACAAUAUUACACGGCCAGUCUUAGCAUAUGGAUUGAUGAUAUAUCAGACGUAGCAACAUGGCUAAGGGAGUUUUCCAAGGAAGAAGCAAAGGAGGUGGUUGACGCCGUGGGAGCCUGGAUAUACGUAUUCCGCAAGCCCGUUACAGACGAAGAUCUUGCCACAAUCAAAAGAACCGUAGAAGCUAUCAAAUCCGUUAUACAUAAGGCAUGCGGCGAGUACUGGGAAGGCACAUGUCUCGCUGUGGGCACAAAGCAGAGUACCACGACAAGUCUUCAGCUAUCUGGAGACGAAUGGGAUGAUUUUUGCCGAGAUCACGGGUUCGAGUACGUAGAUGCAGAAGCAAAGGGCUCAAACGAGUUUGGCGAACAGCUUGGCCUGGCACGGUUGCGAGAAGCACUAGAAACGACAGAUUGGGAAGGGGAGGUCAAGCUGGAUGCAGAUGAUUUCGAAGACAUUGACAAUUUUGGUGACGGCGCAGACUGGGACGGAUUCGCAGACGAGCAGGCCGAGAUGAAUCUUGAACUCUUGGGUAUGAAGACUGCGCUUUACGGAGGGAAGUUCGAAGACGGAAACGAGGAGGAAGUCGAAGAAAUGGGCAAAAUGAUGAAUAAGCUGAUGGCCAUUAGAGACACAACAUCUGCUAUGCCGGAAUCCGAGAGAAAAAAAUUCGCAGCAAAAGCCGUAAAGGAUUUCAUGAAGGAUACCUGACAUGGACUCGAGAAGAGGUUGUCACCUUGACACUAGAAAGCUCGAUAGCACCUUGUUCUGCUCUGCCAUAUUUUUUUUUGGACGGAGUCGACACUAUACUAGGGGUGAUACUGGUCUGAAGAUAUUCGCAAUAGCAGUGAAUAAGGAAAUGCACGACGCUGCUUGAGAUAUUUUGUGACAAACUCUGUCACCUGACAUAUUUUCCCGUCAUAAGCUGCCUUCCAUGUUUUUCAACAAUCAAGGUUAAGAAAUUAGCAAAAAUUCAUGAUUGUGCUGUUACUAAAUAGCUUGUCGUUUUCCUGGAAAUUGCCAUGCGUAUAGAGGGGUAUUUUCAACAUUCGUUUACACUAGUUGUCUCUUCAAGCUAGGCGGGAAAAGACCCAUUAGACCACCGUC